AUGGCAGACCAGGCUAUGCACAUGGAAGAGGUUGUUUCAAAUGACUAUAAAAUAAAGGAGAUAAAUAAAAUGGAUUGUACAAUUCUAGAUUAUUUUACAAAACUCAGAAAUGAAACUAAAUCUGAAAGAAUAGUUGGUGGAAUUGCAUUAUUGAAGUAUUUAUGUCAACAAUGUUCAGAGAAAGAUGAUAGUAAUGAAUUUAAUUAUGCUAUGAAAAGACUUAUUCGGAGCUUAGGCUCCUCAAAAACAGCUUCUAGAAUAGGUUUUUAUACAACUUUGACAGUUUUUUUAAUACUGCAUCCUGAACUGUCUAUAGAAAAUUUUUUAUCUAUAUUAAACAGUGAAUUGCAUCCAGUGAAUGACAACAGUAAAAGUGAAAAUGCUGAUAUUUACAUGGGGCGUAUAUUAGCACAUGGGACAUUAAUAAGGUCUAACUUACUUUCAAACAGUACUGUUGAAAUACAAUUACAAGUUAUACAAGAUCUUAUUAAUGCAGGAAAACAGCGCCGUUAUUUAUCAUUUAUUUCUGUUUCAUUUCUUGUUGAAUUUGUACAACGAGUUGAUGUUGGAUGUAUUAAAAAAUCAGUUUGGCCAAUUGUUGGAAAAGAAUUUGGUAAGCCUUGGACAGAACAAACAUUAGAUUCAUUUUAUGUCUUAUUAGCAAUAAGAAACAAAUGUCCAUCACUUGUAAAUCAUGAAUUUUCGAAGAAAUAUUUUGGUACUGAACAUAUUAUUGCCAAAGAGUCAAUGAGCAAUAUAGUAAAAGUGUUAUUAGAAUUACCCAAUGUCAUAUUAUGUCACCAUCCAAUAUUUAAAUUAUUUUGUGAAAAUCUGAUAUCAAAUGAUCUUAUUAUUGAUUUUUGGACACAUGUAGACCAGAAAUUUAUAAAACCAUCCAAAACUGAUGAAUAUUUAGCUAUACAGAUUCUAAAAUUCAUACUAUCAAAUACUAUAGAUAAGUCUGUAUUACCAUUAUUACUAUCUCCAAAUUAUGUGCAGCAUAUGUUGAAAAAGUUUUCUGGAUCUAAACACAAUAACAAAGAUGAAGUACUUCUUGGAUUCAAAGAAGUCUUAAAUUUACUAGUAUCAAUUACAAACAAUGAUGAUACAAAAUUAAAAAUACAAAUUGCUGUGUUAAAGAAAUUAAUACUGUGUCCAGGAGAUUUAAUGAUAGAGAAAAAGAUAGGUACAAAAAUAAUUCAAACACUUACUGGACAUUUGAAUUUAGAUGGUAUAAAAAAAGUAUCAAAAAUAUAUAGAGACAUAAUAGCAAAUGGAAUACCUAAGAAAAAAUCAAAUACUAAAACAGAAUCAUUUUGGACAAAUGCUGAAAGAAUGUAUGCUGCUCAUUUAUUGACAAGAUUAAUGGGAUGCCCUAAAACACUUACGGACAGAGAAUGGAGAUUAGAUCAACUGAAAUUUUUGUUUGUUUAUGGAUUAUGUGAAAUGCCAAAUGUUGGAAUAGAUCUAGCUUCACAAUUUAAGGAAACAUUUUAUCAUGCAUUAGAUCACAAGUUACCAAAGUUAGAUGAUCUACGAAAUAUAUUAAGUGAAUUAGUUCAUUUUUUAAACGGACAUCUAAAAAAGCAAGCUUUAAAAUUAAGAAAUCCAUUAACAGAUGAAGCAAGAAAUGCUUGGAAAAAAGUGAUACAUUUAAUUAAAACUUUAGAAAAUAAUUCAAAAAGGGUAGAAGCUGUACCAGUAUUCCACACAAUGAAUUUACACAUGGGUUUACAAUUAUUUUCAGACUCACAAAUGGCAAUAAUGGCCAUUAAUGAACUACAAAGUUGUUAUGAAAGAUUAGUAAAGGAAUCUAGUACAUGCAAAAUAGGUACAAAGAAGAAAGAAGAAGAUGAGCCAGAAUGGGUGGAAGUAGUUAUUGAUUUAUUAUUGUCUUUCUAUUCUAAAAAUAGCCAUUUAUUAAGAUCAUUAGUGGGAUAUGUUUUUCCACACAUUUGCCCAUAUGUGACACCAACAGCUAUACAUCAAAUAUUAGAAGUUUUAGAUGUAAGAAAUGAAAAAGGACUACGUGUAACUACAGAUGUUCUUGAUGAUGAAGAAGGAGAUUCAUCAAAUACAGAAUCGAAUAUUGAUAUUGAAGAUGGUGACGAAAGUGGUGAAGAAAAUACUAAUAAUGAAAUGGAAACUUCGUCCGAUAAUGAUUCCGAUUCAAAUGAUGAUGAUUCACUGAACGAAGACGAAGAAGAAACAGUAACUGACAGAUUACGAAUGGCAGUACACCAGGCAUUAGGUGACGCUUCUAUUCAAACUGAAGAUGAUGAAAUAGAUGUAGAUGAUAUUAACGAAGAAGAAGGAAAACGAUUAGAUGAAUCAUUAGCGGCAGCAUUCAGAAUUCUUCGAGAAAAUCGUCAACCAAGAUCCAGAAAGCAAGAAAAAUCAGCUCAAGCUUUAACACAUUUCAGAAUUCGUGUCAUAGAUUUAUUAGAAACUUAUUUAGAAUGCAAUCCAUCAAUGGCAAUCGUACUUGAUAUGUUGCUUCCUCUUUUUACGUUGUUAGAAUAUUGUAUAAAGGAUUCUCAUCAGAAACCGCUUCAAGAUCGAGUUCGAUCUUGUUUAAAAACAUUGUCAGCAGUAAAAAGAUUCAAAGAUGCAGAAAAUAUUGACGAAGAAUUAUUAAUAGUAAUAUUAAAGGCUUUAAUAGAGAAAGGAGAAAGAACUACAUCAGUUUAUCAUGAAAUGAGCGAUAAAUUGGCAGAAUGUUGUACAUUUCUUGUGAGGUGUGCACAACAAGCUGACAUAUCUACAGAUACAGUAGUUAAAGUGUAUGGAGAAAAUUUAACAGCCUUUUUUAAAAGAAGAGACUGUGUUUUAUCGCCUUUGUUAUUUAAAAGCAUCUUACAAUUACAAUGGGAGGGUAAUUGGCAGUUAGCUCCUUUAUUGGUGGACUUUGCUUUUGACAAUACCGUAAGAUCUUUUCGUCGAGGUUAUGCACUUGAAUUUUUAACAGUUUUUUACAAUAAUAGUCGAUUGGUUCAUUUAGAUACGAAACAUUCUCAUAUAAGAAAGAAAAUGGAAAAAACAUUGUGCAGAAAUACUAUAAGCAUAUUUCAAGAAUUAUCCAAUAUGUACAAAGUUGAAAAUGAACAAAUUGCUUCAACUAAUGGGAAUGAAAUAGGAAAAGAAGUUCGGCAAAGGUAUGUUUGCCUUCUUUUGACAUUGCUACGAAGCGUUUAUACUCAUCAUUUGCCACAAGCAUGGAACUGGAAUGAUGUUGGAAAUUUACUUAAAACAUAUAGAGCUCAUGUGUCACUUACAAAAGAUACAAAAGCUGCAUAUAAUAAACUAGCAGUACAAAUUGGAAUUCCACUUAAUAUACAAUCAAAAAAAAUUAAAAAUAGGCAGAAAGCUAUGAUGAACGGAGAGAUAAAAAAUACGAUAAAUAAUUUAGAACAAUUAGAUAAUAUACAAGAAAAUGGAAAUACACAAAACGAUUCAGAUGCUCUUGCAUUAAAGAAAAAUGAAUUAAAAAAAAAUAAAAGUAACCAAAGAGAUAAACGGUUAUUAAAAAAGGAAGCACGGAUAUUGCGUGAAAAAGCAAUGUCUGAAGGUUUCGAAUCGUUUAACUUCAGCUCGUUUGUUUUACAUGAUCAAUUGAAUAAAGAUAUAUCACUACAGAAUGGAAAUUCCCACACUGCACAGGCUAGUCCUAAUACAUCACAAAAGAGAAUGCUGAAAAAUGAGUCAAAUAGUAACAGACCCAAAAGAAGAAAAAGCAUGCAAACUGCUUGA